AUGGCUGAUGUUAGCAAUGGGUCCAGCGCCGACGAUAGCCAGCUACGCGAGCGGCCGUCGGCUAAGCCGCUGCAUCUCAACAACGCAGACGAUGCUAAGCAAAAGGUUCUGGAGCUGAACGACCACGAAGACAAGAACCACAAAGAUGACAGCAAGAAACGCACCUAUGGAAGAACUCCAGACGGUACAGUCUUCAUCGUUCCACAGACUCACGACAUGGUCUCGCAGCUGCUCUCGCCCUCGCAACCCAAGAACCUGUCCGAUAUAGCAGUCCUCGCCGUGCUUGCUGCCCUGAUCUUGACCUUCUUCGUACUGCCCAAAAGCGCCCGCAUACCCAUAUUCGCAAUCAUCUUCCUCUUCUGGCGCGCCGGUUACAAUGCCGGUAUUGGCUGGUUGCUCGAUGGCCAGUCUAAACACAACCGUCUCGUCCUCUGGGCGAAACAGAGCCAUGUCUUCGAGAAGCCUGAAUCUGGCAAGAACCCACACCCCGCCCUGUAUAAGCUCCUCAAGCGGGAACUAGAGACCAAGAUCCCCAACGAUUACAACUUCGACGAAGCGCCGCUUGAGUACAACACGUGGCUCGUGUUUAGGCGUGUAGUAGACCUUAUACUCAUGUGUGACUUUGUUUCAUACUGCCUGUUCGCCCUCGCCUGCUUCAACCGCCCCCAAGAAAGCUUCUUCUUGUGGAUUUUGCGCUGGACGACGGGCAUUGUUCUAUUCCUCUUCAACCUGUGGGUCAAGCUAGACGCCCACAGAGUUGUCAAGGACUUCGCUUGGUAUUGGGGCGAUUUCUUCUACCUCAUUGAUCAAAGCCUGACCUUCGAUGGCGUGUUUGAGAUGGCACCGCAUCCCAUGUAUUCAAUAGGCUAUGCUGGAUACUAUGGUAUCGCCCUCAUGAUGGCAAGCUACAAAGUCCUAGCAAUCUCGAUUAUCGCCCAUGCAGCCCAAUUUGCCUUCCUUUCCAUAGUAGAGGAGCCUCACAUAAACCGCUUGUACAAUCCGCCGCCACCCCGCCGUACGCGCCAUAAUUCUGGAGAUCUCCAGCUCGAAGACCGGCCCAAAACUAGCCAGUCUGAUGUCGCCUUCUCUGAUACCGCCUACGAUCCCACCAAGCACCAACCAGCCCAAACGCACCACAUUGUAGGGCCCCUGAACACGGAUUUUCAUCGAUCUAUUGAUCUCACGGUAGUAUUGCUUUCGUUCUACAUGAUGUGCUUGGCGACGCUGACACCCAACACUUGGUUGGUAAGAACAUUUCUCUUCAUCAACGCCUUCGGGUGGCGGCUCUGGUACGCGCUGGGACUAGGCUACAUUCUAGAUCGACAGUCGAAGAAGAAGAACUGGACCAAACAUUUCAUCAAGUAUGGCGACACGAAGGAGGAAGCCUGGCGCCAAUGGAAAUCCCUAUACCAUAUGAGCAUGACCAUGAGCCACGCCUCGUUUCUCGCCGUGGCAUGGAAGAUGUACAGUCUUCCUGCUGAUGGUCUCAAUGGUCUCACGCUUUUCCGACAUGUCCUUGGCUCGGGUAUGAUUGUACUUCAGCUUUGGGUUGCCAUGAGCAUCUACGAGUCCCUGGGCGAGUUUGGAUGGUUUUGUGGCGACUUCUUCUUCGACCCGCCUUCAAGGUCACUGACUUACUCCGGUAUUUAUCGUUUCCUGAACAAUCCUGAACGAGUUCUCGGAUUGGCUGGCGUCUGGGGCGUAGCUCUCAUUACUUGGAACCCCGCGAUCUUCUAUCUUGCUACGACCGCCCAUGUCCUCAACCUCGCGUUCCUCCAGUUUGUCGAGAAGCCCCAUGUCAUCAAGUUGUAUGGGCGAAACCUACGUGAGAUGUCGGGAGUCAGUAAAACCGUACGCCAAGCACUACCAGACCCAGUACGCCAGUGGCAGUCGGCAGCCGACGAGUAUCUCAACUCUACUAUGGAAUUCAUCGAAGAAUUUCUGGACAAUGUAAGGCCCAAAGUGGCUGCCCGUGUCGAUGCCUUGAUCAAGGACACAACAAGCCGAUUCAAAUUUUACCCAUCGCGCAUUCCCGUCAGCGGCCGUUCGUCGGAGCCCGUAGGUCUGGAUGCGAAGCAAUACAGGCUCGAGGUUGAGGGCACCCUUUCCCCGCCGAUAGUGGAGCAGCAAAAGAGCGGUGGUCGCGAAGGAGAGUUGGCAAGAACACCAGCUGUUCGUACAAAUGGUUUCAAAACACUCAUCCUUGAGUACGGUGCACCCAUCAGGGUUCGCUGGCAGGCACCUAUCAACCACAGCAAGAAAGACUGGAUUGGCCUGUACAUGGUUGCUGACAACCAGUCUCGAGAAGUUACGCGCAUCAGUUCCAACGGGCGAUGGGUAGCCACCAACCCUGAUGUCUUUGACUCCACGAGAGCUGACGAUGGCAUUUUGGUCUCGGACAAGCUCAUACCAGCCGAUAAUACGGAUGAGGAGUCAUCUGAUUGCUACACUGGCGAGGUCGAGUUCCGUGGAGACAAGCUCUGGUGGACUACUGGUGUCUUCGAAUUUCGGUAUCACCAUGGUGGUCGACAUCACGUCAUGGCGCUCUCACAAGCCUUCGAGAUCCGAAUCCCCAAGUUUGAUGAGACCGACGUUGAAGCAGACGCCAACGGCACGAUUCAGCGUGCGGUGGAGGAAGCGCUGCUUCCAGUUAUCCAGAACUGCUUUGACCGCGACCCUGAAAUCGCGCCAUCGACCGCCGAAGAAACCUUUGGCAGUUUGGUCGAGCGAGAUGGCAAAUUUGCGCGACGUGUUGUCUUCGCAGUGCACCAAAUGUUCGGUAUUGAGUUCGCUCCUGAGGUGGUACAAGCCGAUGGCACGGUCAAGAAUCUGGCCUGGAGGAUCCUUAAUGCCAAGAAAGUCUUGGCCCCUUACAGUAUGUCGUCCGCUACGCACGGUAGGAACACCCCAACCAUGGGUUGA